AUGGUUCACAUAAUUUGGAAGAUUAAUUAUAGAUUUCUUUACAAUUUAACUGAAGAUGAUCCUGGAAUUAUCACAAAAAUUAUAUUAAGAUAUGGUAGUGUAAUUGAUUAUCUAGAUAAUCGUCCAAAAUACAUCGUUGAUAUCAAUCUGAAGUUUGGUCGCGGAUUACUUUCUGUUAUAGAAUUAACUUUUAUUGACAACAAAUCUACUGGACCUUUAGGAACACCCGAUGUUCCAAUAACUGGAACAGUACGAUUUGGCCCAUUUAAUCAAUUUAGAUUAAUGGAGAAACAAAUUCAAAAGUACUUUACUGAAAUGAUCACAUUAAAUACAUCAUAUAACGUUGGACAUGCGUCGCCGAAUAAUUCUCGUGUAUUAAUUUUACCGUUUAUCGAAUUUGAUCCGUGCAGAAUUGGAAAAAAUCAACCGUUACCUUUAGAUUCAAAAUUUUCUUUUAACAUUGCCAUUUCAAAUGUGCUUUUUGCUAUAAUGCAAAUCAUUGAUUUGAUUCUUACCGGGACGAGUUCAAUUAAGCCCGGAAUAGCUUGCGAUUUGAUGGGAAAAAUUUCUCCAUCAUUCUUAACAUUCAAUUUAUUAUCAGUUACAUCUUUCACAUACUUAUUUUUUUUAAGAGUGUGUAAAAGUGUUGAUAUAACCAGAAAGCAUGAUUGGAGAUUGCGGAAAUUAUUAUUUUUAGGUUCUUUGGUUGCAUCGAUUUAUGGUCUCAAUAGAUAUGAACCACAAGAUCUAUGGUGUUCCAACAAGCCACAAGGGGGAAUUAUAUGCCUGGUCAAUGUAGGAUUCAUAACCAGUAUUUUGAUCGUCGCGUUAACGAUCUGCUUUAGGCUUGUAAAUAUGACGCGUUAUAUGAUAAGUGAGGAUCACGUGCGUGUUAACAAGAAACGUGAACCGGUUCAACCACACGUUAUACGUAAUGCGGUUUCUUCUUUAAUACCAUACUUCGUGCAAUGGAUAUGCGUUUUGAUAUAUAACUUUUCGUUGCUUCACAAAGUAAAUGAUAAAUCGACCAAAUCGUUUUUUACGAUAAUCUUAAUAUUAGGUGUAAAUCUUGGUGGAUUCGGUAACGCAUUUAUGUACAUUAUUAAUGAAUAUAGGACAUUUCUCAUUGUAGGAAACCCCACGAAAUGUCAUACUUUAGAUCAAAAUAACGUUGUAGUGAAUUCUAUAUCACGAGGAAUUUGUAUGGAUUUUUUAGUAGCGUAG